AUGAUCACACUCGCGCUCUUUUCCCUACUCCCCCUGCUCGCCAGCGCCAACCCUCUCAAGCGCUGGACCGCUCAGCCCUACGUCGGAUCCACCACGAGCGAUGUCUUCCCACCUCCCAGCGCCACUGUGAACACCUCUCUCUUCCCCAACGAGUCCCAAGUCGGCUACCCCGGCGUCACAGCUACCGGCGUCGAGCCCGCUGCUAUCGCGACCGCUGCCGCUUAUGCCUACAACAGCGGCCCCGCACAAAACUUCCCCCUCGUCGCGGACGUACCCCGCGGUGAUGCUCCUGGAGCCACCUACGACGUCUUCAAAAAGUGGGGCAACCUCUCACCGUGGUACUCUGUCCCAUCCUCAUUCUAUGGUCUCCCGGACGCAUCCCCCCUCGUCCCCGCUGGCUGCAACAUCGAACAGGUGCACCUCCUCUACCGCCAUGGUGCUCGGUACCCAACCACGGGCGCCGCUCCCUCCGCCUUCGCUGCGCGCCUCCACAAUGCCACCCAGAUGAGCGGCGGCUGGUCUUCCAAGGACGAGCUGGACUUCCUCAAUACCUGGACAUACAAGCUCGGGGCGGAGCUCCUCACCCCCUUUGGCCGGCUGCAGAACUUUGAGCUCGGCGUGGCGUUCCGCCAGCAGUAUGGCGUUCUCCUCAACAACUUUACGCAGCAGGGCGUCCUCCCGGUCUUCCGCACUGAAUCGCAGGAUCGUAUGGUCAAAACGGCCGAGAACUUUGCGGCGGGCUUCUUUGGCGUACCCGAGUACCUGUCCGAGGUCAAUAUCGAAAUUGUCAUCGAGGCUUCGGGCUUCAACAAUACUGGAGCACCGUACGAGACCUGCACAAACUCCAACGUCGCUGCGAGGGGUCAGAUCGGCAGCACCGUCUCGGCCAAAUUUGCUAACGACGCCUUCAACAGCACCAUUUCGCGCCUCCAGCAGUCCAUCAGCGGCUACACCCUCACUCCUACCGAUGCCAUUGCCAUGCUCCAACUAUGCUCGUACGAGACGGAUGCGCUUGGCUACUCCAAGUUCUGCGGUCUCUUCACCGAAGAGGAUUUCAACAACUACGAAUACUACUAUGACCUAGCUUUCUACUACAAUAACGGGAUGGGCUCCCCUGUCUCUGCCGCCCAAGGUCUCGGAUACCUCCAAGAAUUCGUCUCGCGCUUCACCCAAACCCCUAUCCCCAUCUACAACUCUACUACCAACUCCACACUCGACGCCAACCCCCUCACCUUCCCGCUCAAACAGUCGAUCUAUGCCGAUGCGACACACGAGGUCGUCGUCGCCGACGUUCUGACCGCAUUCAACCUCUCGGCCGUCGCCAUGGGCGGACCCCUCAACCCGUCCAAGCGCAGCAAUAGCAGCAGCUUCGUCGCUAGCCAGAUCGUCCCUUUCGCAACACAUCUGGUCGUCCAGGUCGUCAACUGCCCCCAGUGCACGCCCAACAAGCAGAUCCGGUUCAUCCUCAAUGACGCUGUUCUGCCCAUCGACCAGUCGUACCCUGGAUGCGCCUGGAACAAGGACGGGCUGUGCGCGUUCGACACGGUCGUCUCGGCGCUUCAUAAGCGGAUAGGCGAGAUUAACUAUCAGUAUGAUUGCUUUGGCAACUACACUGCUAGUCCGGGGAAGGAUUAUAAUGGUCGUGCCCCCAGAAGCUAG